AUGAAGUUCUUCGCCGCCAUCAGCCUCGUCUCGGGCCUCUUCGCUACCGCCGCCUCGGCCAUUGACCUGCACCUCGAGUUUGCGGGCGGUUGCAGCACCAGCGGCGGCGGGUACAUCUGCCGAGGCUGGAACCCCAACACUUGCUGCAGCGUCAAUGCGGGUACCUAUUUCGCCAGCGGCUCGUUCCGGGCCAUCCCGCGCAACUGGAACAUCCAGGCGCGUGGCCACGCCGGUCCUAAUUGCGGCUCCAUCCGCGAGCAGCAGGACAGCGCCGGCCGCGACUAUGUCUGCCUAGGAAAUGGGCCCUUUGGCGGGCUGGGCUACGGUUUCAAUAACAGAAAGAUGAUCCGCGGUGCGACCCUAGACGCUCGCAAUGGCGAGGAGACUGAGGGUUGCGCCCAGCCCAACGUCCUGUACCUCGCCGACGGCACCCAGUACAACUACACCGCCAUUGUCGAGACUGGCCAGGCCACCGAGGAGCUUGUUUCGCUUGUCGAGGCCGGCGCAUCGGCCGACGACAUCCCUAGCUUUGAAACCUUUAAGCUCGACGAAAAGCUCGUCCUGUAA